AUGGUUGGCUCUCAGAGUUUUGUUUUAGCUGGGAAACUUCGCUUCCUGAAGACUGAGCUCAAAAGAUGGAAUAAGAAGGUGUUCAAGAAUUUAGAAUGGAGGAAGAAAAGGGCGGUUGCUGAUAUUGCUGAGAUUGAUUGGUUGGAAGGGGUGGGCGGUAUUGUGGAUUUUCAGCGUACCCAGAGAGCAAAGAGUCAGGCGGAGUUUGCGCUCGCUAAUGCCAAUAGGAAGGACAACCAUAUUGGGCGGAUAAGUGUGGAUGGAGUGGAGAUAUGUAGGAAGGAGGACGUGUGUAGGGGGAUUGUUUCUUAUUAUCAGAGGCUCCACUCUGAGACUGAGGAAAUGUUAAAGGCGUUUAAGAGCUGCAAUGGUGGCAAGUCUCCAAGUCCGGACGGAUUUAAUAUGAGAUUUUUGCUGGAGAGCUGGGAAGUGGUUAGAAGUGAGGUUAUGGGCACUUUUCAGAAGUUUUAUUCUCAUAGGCGGUUUGAGAAGUCGUUGAACACUUCCUUCAUUGCCCUCAUCCCUAAGAAGGGUGGAGUUUCUGAUGUUAAGGAUUUUAGACUAAUAAGUCUUAUGGGGUGUAUUUAUAAGCUUAUUGCUAAAGUUCUUACUUUAAGAAUGAGGGAGGUGCUUGAUGGGGCUAUUUCAGAGUCCCAUAACGCUUUUGUUGGUGGUCGACAGAUUCUUGACUCCGUUCUUAUUGCCAGUGAGUGUGUGGAUUCUAGGCUGAGCAGUGGUGUACCGAGAGUUCUGUGCAAGCUUGAUAUCGAGAAGACGUAUGAUCAUGUCAGUUUCUUUGGUAGCUCUCGUGGUUUGAGACAAGGCGAUCUAUCAUCUAUCUCCGUUUUUAUUCCUCAUUAUUAUGAGUUGUUGGGUAGGGCAGAGGAUCUGGGUUUUAUCAGGGGCUUUAGGGUCGGUAGAGACUUGGGUCAUCAGAUGGAGAUCUCUCAUUUACUGUUUGCGAAUGACACUUUGGUUUUUUGUGAUGUUGAUGUGUCCCAGUUAAGAUAUUUGAGGUGUGUCCUAGUUUAUUUUCAGGCAGUUUCUGGUUUGAAAAUUAAUGUAGGAAAGAGUAUGCUUACCCCUGUAAGGGAGGUUCAGGACACCGCAUCUCUUGCUGCAGUUCUUGGGUGUGGGGUGGGCUCUUUUCCUAUCUCCUAUUUAGGUUUGUCGUUGGGUGCUCCGUCAAGGAGGCUGGGAGGUAUAUCUACUCAUAGUUGGGUUCACUAUUCACACGAUCUUACUCUUCCCUCCUCUAGUACUACACCUGUGCUUAUUAGGGAAUAUCUUUCUGUUAUUGGUGAUCCUUCUAGUGAUCUAUUCAUUUUCCAACAUAUAUUUACUGUGGAAAGAAGGGUUCGAAAUUUCAAUGUUAAUUAA